AAAAUGGCGCUCUUCUAAACAGGCUACUUUCAACGUUGGAGAAGUUAGUAUCCCUUGGAGAAGUCGUGAGCUAACAGGUAAGGCUUUUCCAGCCGUUCACUUGUCUUACAUGUGACAGGACACGAUCCAUGAGAAAAAUGAAACUAGCGUGCACUAUUCAUGCAACCUCUUCAGAGCCAUUGAGUGGAUUUGUACUUUGAUCGACUCAGUUUUCUUUGCAUCAACACGUGUGGUUUUGUCAAUCACAGCGUUUAUGGAAGAGUCAAGAUGAGUCAAUCUUCGUCGUCCAAUGAAGUUUCUAAUUUCUAGGAAAGGAUCGGCUUAUUUAUUUAAGGCUGGUAUAUUAAAAUUGCCUUCUUUUAAUGGGCACACAUUUUUUUCAAGAAUGAUAGCAGUGUCAUAUAACUUAACGUGGCAGUCUAGCUUGUCACAUAUAUACAUGCACAAGGGCUAUUAAAACUCUCACCAAAAAUGCCACUGGGGUAUGUUAAGUGUUCAUACUUACUUUACACACUUGAUUUACACACUUGAUCUAGUGGUCAGUGUAAGCAAAAGUACAAAUAGUAAAUCUUUGCGGUCAGAUUGGUUGUGAUCAUUUUCACGUCAUCUUUGUCUAAAUUCCAAUGGUGCAUCCAGCACAGUCCUAAAUCCUGUUAUCUCAGAUAUUGAGGUAAUGAUAUCCUUAAAAUCCCUCUUCACAAAUUAUACAAAAUAAAAGCUAUAAGGUGUAACAAACUCAUAAACUUACCAGCAAUACUACUCAAUCUGUUUACUUUGUUUUUAGUAAAUGGUUAUUAAUUUUAGUCACCCCUUAAUGAGGGCAUUUCUGGGGUGCAAAGUCCAAGCUUUCACAAUACUGCUGCUCUUGGGUGCCACUAGCAUAGGUUUAGACCUAGAGCUUAUGUAGGAGUGGUCUGUGGGGUACAGUUGAACCCCCUAACCUGAACCAUUAAUGUCCGAAACCCAUUGAUAGUAACUAGAAAAAUUCAAAUAGUUAAAUUCAAACAGCCUUGUAGUAAAAUUCUGGAAGUACCCCAGUAUUUGUGUAAAUUAAAUUAUACUUUUCAACCUAGCAACAUACUUUGUUACUGGAGAGAGGGGUGGUACUCCCUAUAAUGACCUAUGAGGGAAGGCUCUGCCCAAAAGGGGGUACCUUGUUCAGGUUUCAGAUAUAUGUUUCACUGUUUGAAGAAAUCUGUCAUUUCGGUCUGUAAAAGGCCCAAAAUGGCUAAUAGAUGCAGUGCUGUUGACUCUCCCGGAUAAUGCAGGAGACUCCAGAUUUUGAACCAGAUCUCCUGGUCUCCAGAUUAGAGUCUAAAAUCUCCUGGAUAAUCACCAAAGUUUUGCCAUUUCUUGUAGACUCAACUCUCUGACAAUGAAAUUUCAAAUAUUUUGCAUAGUUUGAGCUAUUUUAUUAACAUUGAACGUGGUUGGUGGUAAGUUAACCAAUCAGGUCAAAAUACAAUUCAAACAUCUUUUUCAUGUGGUUUUGGAGAAAUGAUGUCAUGCAUUGUGCAUUAUGACAUCAUCUACCAAUUAUCUCAAUAUUUGAAGACUUGGGGGGGUUGACAGCCCUGCAGAUGCAUUUUAUGGCUGUGAAAGAGUCGAGAAAAUACAGGGUGCAAAGAAAUUCAUUAAUUUUUUGCAGCUUUCCGUUUGGGCAAGCUGGAGCUAGUAGUUAAUAGCCCAAUGUCAUUUUGACUAUCCCCAAAAAAUUUUGAUGAGCAGAAUUGAUUUCACAGUUCUUCUGUCUCAUGCCACAGUCUACUAAAUGUUAAGACUGACACACUAACUACCAGUAGACAACACCUUUCUGCAUACACCAUACUGUUUGACAGUCCCAAAGGCUGUUUAUAUUGUGUAAUGUUAAUUUUGAAGUUUUCUACAGGCUACUUUUGAAUUGUGCUCACCAGAUGUAACUUUUUUUUUUGUUUUUGUUUUGCAGACCAGCAUAACUGAGAAAGGAGUUACACAAUGAGUCUGCUGUCGUUCAUUAAACGAUUACCGAUCGUUUGGUUAUGGCUUGUACUGGUAUUUUUAGCCAGUGGUCUUAUUAUCAACUUAUUUCAGCUUCUCUUGUUGCCACUCUGGUUUAUAAAGAAAGACUUGUUCAGAUGGGCCAACCUAAAUGUGGUUUACCUGCAUUGGUGCCGUAAGUACAUGAUUACAUGUAUCUGUUAGUCUCAGAACUAGUAAUAACCGAAGGUUUUGGAGUGCAGGCUACAAUGAUAAAGGUCAAAAUGCUUUUGCUCAAAUGCUGUACUUUGCCCAAGUUUCAUGUGAUAGAUGGUCAAAACACGCAUGAUUUGUUACAAGUGACAGAAGUUGCAAAUGCACAUGAUCAGAUUGCAUUCGAUGCAUUCCAUUCAUUUUUAAUGGAAGCCUAAAUGAAGCCGGCUACAUACAUGCAGUACAUGCGUAAUAGCAUUCCUGAAGAUUAGGAUUGGGGGCUCCUCCUGUCGCCCGCAAAAAUAAAUUAUUUCUAAAAAUGUUGUUUCUUUGCUCCGGCAAAGACAUGUAACAAACGGUCACAAAUAAUUUCUAACCUAAUGCAAUAAUUAAAUUCACUGUGUGAUUUUUCAAUCUUCUUCACUCCGCCCAGAUCCUCUGUGAUUAUGCCCAUAACAUGUACAUGACCUUGUGGCCUGGUGACCUUAUAAACAGCCAAAAGGUCCAAUCCCUUAUCUUAAUUCAGUGAUAAGGAGGGAUAGCCAAUCACAGCUGGCAGUUUGACAUAUUAUUGCUGACAAAGUUUUGAAAGAUUUGUUAUUAUUACUUUGUUUUUCAUAGCUCUUAGCUUAUACUGUAGGUAAUGCAAAUUUUACAAAUACCAAUUUAUUAUUUUUUAUUUUUCCUAACAAAACAAAAAUAUUUACUAAGAGAUAUUUGGUAACAGGAUGGUUUAUAUCUUGGAUCCUUCCUCUUGCUUGAAGUUUUUUAUUCCCUUUUUUUAGCACAGUUGUAUUUUUCCAGCACAAAAGCAAUCAGAUUUUACUUCGCUUGAUUCUCGAACCUCUUGAGGAUCAUGAAUAGAGGAUCGAGUUGGGUUUUGAGACUUAUCAAACUAGAACAGCCUUUGUUAAAUUUCUAGUACAUAUGAUAGACCAUUUCAGAGUUCCUGCGGGCCUCUGUAUCAAAACGGGGUUAAGUGCUCAGCCUUUGAUAUGGAAAUGAUUCUUCAUUCUCAUGCAAAUAAAACUCAUUUUCACACGAAAGGUUGUGGACUAGGCCUCAUUUUGAAGAUGAGGGUUUUUGGAACUCGGAAGUGGCGUAUUGGCUCUCUUCUUUCGAUAUUUACUUGCUUCAAGAUUCUACAGACGUUGCUCAAGUUUUGGGGAAAUUUCUUACUUCGCCCAUGUUAGAAAAGACUUUUCUACCCUAUAAAAAUUUACAAACUCUACUCAACAUUAAUUUUGAUUCAUGCAAGAAAUGCCUGAAUGGAUUAUGCAAAUUCAAGAUAGUAGUUGGCAACUCUCCAGGGAAAUUUGUAUUUGCAUGAACGGCUCAAGUGGUGUGUUGUGUUGAACGCUGAAAAAUGGUUGAAUGGCAUUUUGCUUCAUGUAAAUAGCAAGUGUUGUCAGUUUCACCAGUUGAACAGCAAUCACUGACUUUUUGUCAAAUGUAAAAUCAAAAGGAAGCUUGUGUAAAUAAAUAAAUAUCACACGAGGCAGCAGUGUUUGAACUAAGUUGCAAAGUGCUUUUCGUUGUUUUGUUCUAAUUAGGCUUUUUUUUUUCAUUUUUCCUGCCAAUUUUUUUUCCAUUGCCAGCUGUUUGUGUAUGUCCAUCAGCAUGUAUCUUCAGAAUGUUUAGUAUAAUGUUAGUACUGCACAUGCUGCAUGUGCCUUAGGCCAGACACAUGAUUAUAAAAAUAUAUAAUAUUUUCACGAAUAAAUUUCUUCUUUCCUCUAAUCACUGUUUGUCCUGGGCAGCAGACCACUAAUCUAGGACUGGUAAGCUUGAUUUAGGUUGUUGAAAUGAAUUUUAAAUGUCAUUAUGUUUGGCUUGUUCAUGUCAAUUGAUUUGGGAAAAAUAAGUGAAAAGUGAAUGGACAGGUUCCAUGGAUUAGUAAAGCAGAAGGUGUUAUUGUACAACAUGGAUUUCUGGUCAGUGAACAGGUGAAAGAUAAGGCAAAAAGAUGAGCUUCUUUUCAAUCUUGGUAAUAAGUGCCACAUACGAUUCAUUGCCGUGCAUGAUGAGUUAGCCAUUAGCCUUGAUGCCUGAUCAGCGUUUCUGGUAAAAUUUUAUGUACAGUUACCAGAUUAGUACAAAAAACUAUAGGUGAAACCAGUGGGAACAUGAGUACUUACUAGUAAGGCUCAAACUUCUAUGGGUCUCUGGGAUAUACCCACACCCUCAGGACGAUUGGACUCUUUUUCAUAUGAAAGUACCAGACAUUAAAUCAGGUCUCUGUCAAGUUAACUAUUACCUGUAGCCUAAUGAUACAUGUAACAAGGUAUCAGCAAACUAGCAGUAAUUUAGUGCAUAAUGUAAUGCAAUGUCAGGAUAGCAGUUAAACAGGCAUUUUUUUUUUCAAAUAUUAAUAUAUGUGAAUAGUAAGCUCAGACAUAAGCAUACAACUUUCAGUUCUUAGUCAAUCACUGCAUAUUUCAUUUUUAGGCAAUGAAGCAAUGAUUAAUAAACAGAAUGAUAUGAGUGGAGAGCUCAAGAAAAAAAUCUGAAUUUCAUAUGGGCAUUGCACCCAUGACCUUUGAGACACAAGUCUAAUGCUCUAGUGAUAUAAUGUGCCUUUAAUUUCAUGCUCAGUGCAAAAAUCAUUUUGUUAAGUUAUGCUAACCAAGUCACCUUAUUAUUAAUUUUUUCUGAUUCAUGACAUAAUAGGGCCAUUUAUACGAGGAAAAAUAAGACGCGUCUUACAUAAGACGUGUCUUAAAUAAGACGCGAACUUUCCGUAUAAACGGCACAUUUCGUCUAAAAUAAGACGCAGCUUAGCUAAGACGUGUCUUAUUAGAUAAGACAUGCUCGUAUAAAUGGUCCAGUUCGCGUCUUAUUUAAGACGCGUCUUAUUUUUCCUCGUAUAAAUGGCCCUAAUGUCAAUCAGUAUUUAUUGUAAACAAAAAUAAGUGUACUCACCAAAGAAAGUUUGUCUCUUGCAUUAUUUCAUCAAAUAUGAUUUUACUAACCUAAAACGUCUCAUUCUUCUCCUAGCUGUAUGCCAGUUUGUAUGAAUGUUCCAUCAUCUGUAAUGUAGUUUGGUAGUUAGAAACUAUUUGCAUAAUUUCUAGCCAAAUUGUCUGUUAUCUUUGUGGUGUAUUAUGUCCAAAUUGGUCAGACUUCACCCACUCUUUCUUUUAUUUGGAUUUAAGAAUUUGUUUGUUUAUUUUCAAGCAAAAAGAAAAAUAUUGUUCUUUGUUUGAAAAUUAGUGUUAGUUUUAAUCUUUCCCAACCUUAUUUUUUGAUCUAUAUAUUCACUGUUCAUUUUUUGGGAUGUCUAGACAUAUUGAAAAGGGAGCAUUUCCUUUUCCUCUCUAAAACAGGGCAAACUGUACAAUAGUCUUAACAUAUGUUGCAGGCAGGUUUUCUCACACAGUCAAUUUAUCGUAUUUUCUUGAAAGAGUGCUGUGAAAUUUGCUAAAUUUUUUGCUUCAGUUUUGAUGUAGCUCUUACAAGAAGACAACAAAUACAGAGACUUUGUUUGGGGAUGGUGCUUAUUUAGAACUUGUUUUUUAAAACCAGCAAGGCAAAACAUGGUUCUUUCUUUCUUAAUUUGUUUAAGAAUGAGAAUGAUAGAACAGGAAGAAUGCAAUAAAAGGUAUAUAAAAAACAACCCUUGACAAUUGGUUUAAAAUUCAAUAAAUUCAGUCAGUUCAAUUAAAGUGAGAGUUACACAGCAAUUUUUUUCAAAUGAUAUGCCUUAGAAUGUCUUCAACAUGCUUGCUUGAUGUCUUGUAUGCUAAUAUGUCUGCCUUUUCAAACUGAAAAUCAAGCAGUGUCAUAGACUUGAACAUACUAGGUAGUGAUAAUGUUUAAUUUAUUAUAUUUAAUAUCUCUAUGCCAUAGAAGUCUUUUUUUAAUUAAUUGAUUCUAGCUAAUUAUUUAGAUUAGGUCUUAUAUAUGUUGCACUGAAGUGUAUGGAAUAAUAGUUACCGAUUUUUGGCAAUUAUUAUUCAAAACACUGGGAAUUGCUCCAGGUGAUGGUUCUAGAAGAUGUGAAUCAUUAUUCUUGUUAAUUUCCUCUACUUUGUUAUUCAUUAAAGGUAGUUUUGAAUAAUUGAUCAUUAGUAACUAACAGCUGACUGAAUAUCUUUUUGUUUGAUUUCUUUGAUGAUCGAUGUUUUCUUAUUAACCCAUUUGCUCCUGGGAAUUUUGCCAGGAAAUGCUUUUUGAAGCUUGUCUAGCCUUUUCAAGCUAAAACUUACCAAAAAACCCUUUACAGUUUGUAUGUUUCAUGACCUUUGGAUCCUGAUGCAAAAUAUUAGCUUCUGAAGAUCAGACUUGCGCCGAAAGUAAAAUAUCGAUAUAGUUUUUGAGUUUAGAAGUGAUACAACAGUCUUGACUUUUUGUUUUUGCUUUCUCUCCAUGCCUCCUUCUUAUUUAUUUCUUUUUUUGCUUUCUUGGCCUCGUUUUUUUCUUUUGCUGGGUAUUUAGAAGGCUUCAUUUCAUUGGGAAAUAACAAACACCCUGCUAUACUAAAAUUAGUGACAUUCAUUGCCUCAUUUUUCAUAAAAUACAUGUACAUAUACAUGUACAUAAAUGUUGUAACGGCUUGUGAACAAUACAGCUUUCUCUCAACCCUCCUCGUUGCUAGGGAUAUUUUGCAGCCUGAGAGGCAUCAAGUUCAGCCCAAAAAACUCUAUGCUGAUGUAAUGAUGAUUAUUUUUGUCUGGAAUCUGGUCAAUACUGAUUGGUUGAUGUAGUUUUUAUGUUUUUUUAUCUAUCAUUUAAAUAUGAAGGCAAUAAUCUAUUAAAAAACAGCCAUUAUUCAUGAUAUAUUAUUCUUCUUUACAAGAAGAGUUUGAGUUUCGCUGCUACUUUGUGAUGUAGACCAGUAGGAAUAUAAACUUGAACAAAUUUACAUGUAGAACCCCAUGACUAGCGGUUUAUUUCUUUAGACCUUGAUUUACAAACUAUACAUCAUCAGUAUGGAAUUAUCCUUAGUGGUAAGGAUUGAAGAGAGUUAUCUGUAUUUGCAGGCUAAUUUUGUAACAAACAAUUUUUUGUCAUCUCUUUGACACUUGUUACAAUGGGGUUGCCCUGCAAAGGUGGGGCUGUUUGUAUUGAUGAGAAAAAAAGGUCUUGACAGUGUAUAUUGUCUGAAUGAUUUAAAAGUUACAUGUACAGUUGUACAUUCAAAAAUCAGGUAAUUUUGAGCCAAAGAAAAAAUGACCUUUAGCUUGGCUAACUAGUAUGCCCUGUUUGCAAUCAUUCCUCCCAUAUGUCAGUUGAAGGGCUUCAUACAAUAACUCAUUUCCUUUUUGGAGGGGACCUCUUUUGGUCGCAAAAUCACAGGUGUUUCUCCUGUAAAAUAAUUAUCCCUAGUGGUAAGGAUUGAGGAGAGUUAGCGGUAUUUGCAGGCUAAUUUUGACUAACAAACAAUUUUUUUUUCAUCUCUUUGACACUUGUUACAAUGGUGUUGCACUGCAAACUUAAGGUGGGGCUGUUUGUAUUGAUGUUACUGUAUCCCAGUGAAAGAAUAUCAUUUUUUUGUUUUCAGAGUUAACGUUCCUCGCUGAAUGGUGGUCAGGACUGGAUAUAAAACUGUAUGGAACAAAGGAAGAUUUUGAUAAACUUGGAAAAGAAAGUGCAAUUAUUGUGUGUAAUCACCGCAGUGAUGUUGACUGGCUAAUUGGUUAUACACUCGCAGACAGAGCAGGAGUAUUGGCGGUAAGAACUUACCAGCAUUGGUAUAGAUGUACGGUCAAUCAAUAGAUCAUCAGUGAUAAAUAGAAUACUGUUUUUUUGUUGUUUAAUCAUACAAAUGUAGGUGGAGCAGUGAAACAAUACCUUUACCCUUUGAUUUUGCGGUCAUGCAAUUUUACACAAUAAUGUGCUUACCGUGAAAAUGUACAUGUACCAAAUUAAAGGCUUGUUCUACCUCUGAGCAAUUCAAUUUCACUGCUGAAUUUUUAAACUAAGACUUCCUAGUCUGUAUUUUUUAGUUACAAACUUCUGCCUUAUUACUUCUUUUAAAUUUAUUUCAUAUCAGCAGGAACUCUUGGAAAAAGCCCAUUAUUUCAUUGUCAAUAUGACUUGGCUGGCCAUGGUCCUGCUGGCCUUUUCUGACUUUUGAGAAGUGCUCCAUGUUAGACCUCAUGUCUACAUGCUUCAUGGUCUCCCCUCACAGUAGACCAAUAUGCAUUUAAAGAUUGAUUUUAAAGUAAUGCUAUUUUCCAUUUUGUAGACCUGCAAGUGUUACAUGAAGGGUUACUUGAAAUAUUUACCGAUAAUUGGCUUCUCGUGGUGGUGCACUGAAUUUGUGUUUUUGCGUCGAAACUGGCAGAAGGAUCGAAAAGUUCUGGAAUCAAGUUUGAGCACACUUGGGGACUUUCCCUUUCCAUUUUGGGUUGGUAGUUCUUUGUUGUUGUUGUUGUUAUUAUUAUUAUUAUUAUUAUCAUCAUCAUCAUCACCAUUUAUUAAUAUUAUUUUUGAUGUUCAUUUCUCGGUUGUUUGUUGAAUUGUAGGCUGUUUCUUUUGGCUCAACAUUACCUGAUAUAGGAUAGCACCAUCUGUCUUUAGAACAACUGGGUCCAGCCUGCACCACAGACAGAGCAAAACUUCUGGUUAAGUUUUUCUGCACAACAGCUCCAAAAUCCUUGUCCAGGACAAGGAUAUUGGCACUGCUUCGCUGACUUAGCUAACUGUGGUUAGAUUACACCCGCAGUGCAGACUAAGCUUUUUGCCACUAAAGCAUUUCCUUCAUUUUGCAAAACGAAGGCAAAAAAUGGAGUCACCGUCCGUUGUAAACUGAGUAGGUAAAGCACACUUUUUACAGUCAUUCUGUUGUUUGCUCAACAAAUGUUCUCAAACUCAACUUUUCACAUCAAAUUUUUCCAGCACAAGGCACAAAGAUGAGAAAAAAAGGUUUUCACAGUGUAUAUUGUCUGAAUGAUUUAAAAGUUUCAUGUACAGUUGUACAGUCAAAAAUCGGGUAAUUUUGAGCCAAAGAAAACAAUGACCUUUAGCUUGACUUGUCAGUAUGCCCUGUUUGCAAUCAUUCCUCCCACACCUCAAUUGAAGGGCUUCAUUCGACAACUCAUUUCCUUUUUGGCAGGGGAUCUCUUUGCAUAUAGCCCUUCAAUUAUUACUUGCAGUUCCCAAGUAAGGAUAGCCAGCAUGGCAGUUGAGCAGCCUGAGAAAACAGCUAACACUUUGUGACACCACCACUGGUUUCCCCGUGAAAUGACGUCUGAGAAAUGAGCGCAGAAAUUCCACACUGAUGAUGUGGCUUCUGAUUGGCCAAACCACAUGGGAAAUUUGCUUCAACCAAUCAGAAGCACUACCCAGAUCUGGAUAGUGACGCGUCAUCAGUAUGGAAAAUUUUCUCCGCUCGUUUCUCAGACGUCAUUCCGUGGGGAAACCAGUGGUGGCGUUGCGAAGUGUCGGAUGUUUUCUCAGGCUAGCAUGGCAGGCGCUGGUUGUUGUUUGUUUUUUUUUUAGUGAGUUUUUAUAGAGCGUGCAAGAGGAACACACAAAGGGGAGAGAAGGCCUCCUCUCCUUUUCUCCCCUCUCGCGCCUUUGAUAUUUCUCCUUUUGUGAUAAAGAAAUGAUGCCUGCUACCCAGGGAAAAGUAAGGACCAAGAAAUCCAAAACAGAGCUUUAUAACUUUUUUCACUUUCAGUUGGCAAUUUUCGCGGAGGGAACAAGAUUGACAAAAGCGAAAGUAGAAGCUAGUAUAGAAUAUGCUCGAGCAAAUGGCCUACCAGAGUUGAAGCACCAUCUUCUACCAAGGUCCAAGGGAUUUGCUUUGACUGCACAAUACUUCAAGGACAAAGGUGAGAUGGGAGUCACUAACCAGAACAACACAAUAGGACAGUUUCACAAUUUAUCAUUUCCUAAAUAAGAAAGGAACUAAAGUUAUGUAGAAAUCUAAGCAUUAUUGUAAAUUUCCUAAUGGUUUAACCACGGUUCCUCAAACAUGAAUGCAAGUGUGAGUAAUGGUUAUCUAUUUGUGAUAAAUAAAAAGAUGGUCUUUUUUAAGCUUGUUUGCAAAAUGAGAUAGUCCCUAACUUCCGAAACAAAGGGUGACAGGAUAUAAUAGUAAUAAUAAUAAUAAUAAUAAUAAUAAUAAUAAUAAUAAUAAUGAUCGUUUAUUCAACCUUUUUGCAGCAUAAACUGAAUUGCAAGGCGGGUCAUUAAUUACAUACAAAUACCUCGGAAUUAUGACACGUAAAUAUAACUGUUAAAGUUAAGACAUAUCACAUUUCGCUAUUUUAAACGUGAUUCUUGUAUUUGAUGGUGCAAAAAUUUCCAAAUCUGUUAGUUCGUGAGGAGGGAGGCACAGAAACAGAUUCUCCUGUUCUAAGGGCAUACGGUCUUGUGUGCGCAACUCGCGGCACUAAGCUUCGUAGCAGCUCGGAAGAAGAGUAACUUUUCUUGAGAAAUGUUAUGCACGCAUCCUCCCUCCUCUGGCGCAGCAAAUCUAAGCCUGAUGUCUUAAGCUGAACUACUUGUUCUAGAGGAGCGUGUCACUGAUAAGCCCAAAGAACACAUUAAGGAAGUUACAUAUAUACUCUAUCUCUUGACUAUUCCUUGAACUAAAGACAUAGUUAUUGUUGAUCCUGGCACUAUACAAGACGCAUGUCGCCUGUGAACCUAUGACAUAUGGCCUUGCUCUCCAUAAGUCUCUCCGUUUGUCAGUGGAUAGGGUGCUUGCCCAGUGUUUUGGGUGUGGGGGCACCCGCUUGGGAAUGUGCUUGUUUUACUUUAUUGAUCCCAUGACUGUUUCUGAAAUAAUGAAUAUCACAUGUUUCUCUAAUUAAAAUGUUUCAAAAAAUCGUGUUAGGAACAAGGCUUUUGAAGCUUUAAAGGAAGAAAAACAACAACGAAAAUAUGUGAGUUGCUUCAAAUAUAAGUUGACUCCUUAGAUGCCUUUUAUAAUUUUUUUUUUUUUAGUGCCCGCAGUCUAUGAUUUCGAAGUUGGUUUUCCAGAGAACAAGGAACCUAACCUGACUCAAAUGCUGAUAGGUGAGGGCAAUGAUGUUCAUCUCUGGGUGAGGUAAGACCAGUACAGUACAAAUUGAAAGUUUCUGUUUGUUUAUUCAUCAUACAAUCUAAAAUGAAAUGUUUCACAUUUAGAAUAAUUAUCCUUCUGACUCCCCGCAAAAAAAUCCCAGCUUAGAAAAUACUGUCUAAUUCAUCUUAUCCAAAGAGGUACCCAAAUCAUGGUCUUUACUGCUCCCGCCCACCGGAUCCUCCACUUCGUUUUGAAUCCUGUGUACCCCCCUGGGGCUUAAAAGCCAUAAAGUAAAUGCUGCUCACAGAGUGCGGUCAUUUAUCUUGUUAAUUUAAUGAAAGAUAUUUUUGAUUAUGUUAUGUGUAUGGGAGGCUUCUUCAUCGUUUGUCUCACGAUUGCCACGAGAAAAAUUCGUUAUACGUCAGUUACAAGCAACCACAGAAUGACUAAUAUUCCCGCUUAAGCGACAGUAAAUUAACUGUAAGACUAGCAUUACGUGAUCGCGAUCGAGGUGGGAGCCCGGGAAAUGUUGGAAGGUUUAAACCCCCUUUCCCCCCUCCCCCCCCCCCCCCCUUCCUUCCCUUUGCACGAUCCACGUUGAACGAGCCAAACAAUUAUCAUCUUAUGGGAAACUUUUCGAGAGGCUAGUUUCAGAGUUCAGUUGGGCUUGAGGUUGUCAUGGAAAAUGUCAGCGAAUCCUGGUUUGAGUUUAAGGCUUUCAAAUGAAUUAAACGCGAAUCAACUCAUAGGCGUUAGAAAAGGCGAAUGAACUUUAAGCUUGGAAGCAAAAAGCGUUAUAACUGCUUUUAAGGUGGCCCGAACCAUUUUCUAUGUGUGUUGGGUAUGUUUUUGAACCCUUUUUUUCAGCAGGAACGAUAACUUUCUCAAAUGUGUUAGCGUAGCAUUUUAAGGUUAAAUUUGACCACCAUUUUGCGCAGCGAGGUUUAUGGUCGCGAUUGACUUCAAACUUGCAGAUAUAAAACUAGAGAACUCUGAGGCUUAUUAGACAUACUAUUGAUCUCUGUCAUGUUUGCCUGUAUCUCUUGUUGUACGUAGGCGAUUCCCGCUUCAAGACAUUCCUUGUAACACCGUUGAAGAAACUUCAAACUGGUGUAGGAAAGCCUUCCAAGAAAAGGUAAUGAGUUCAUAGUGAACAUUGCACAUGUAGCCAGCUUUUCUGACUGUCCAUUGGUUCGUAACUUCGAAAACUCAUGUUCUGUUACUGCGAGGGUCACGACUCUCGCGCGCGUUAGUAUCAGUUGUCUGCUACACGGCCGUUUUUAGUGUCGUCACGCAACACUAAAAACGGCUGUGUAGCUGUGUAGCAGACUAUAGUAUCAGUAGCGAGGAUAGCAUCUAUAGGUCAAUCAUCUGUUUGGGAGACAAUAAGUGUUCCGGCAAAUACAUGUACCUCCUCCGUUGCUAAUAUUGAACGUAUGCAACAUGACAGCAGAGGAAAGAAGACCGUGACGGCAAUCCUCGUGUGGCAAGCGUGACAUUAAAUACUGGUCCACGGCUCCAAUGACUGCUUAAGGAAGAAUUAUGUACCACUGAUGUUAAGAAAACUUCCAAGCGCUUUUGAAUUUAAUAAAGACGAAAUAACUCAACAGCACUCGAUACCCGGUUGAACCUUAGUUUCGCGUAGAAUUUGGUGACAAAAUGAACACAGCACUCAAAGACGUGAUUUCUGAUUGGGUACUUUUCACUUUCUCGCGAUUGGUUGAAACGCUUUGGGUUCUUAUUAACCCAUAGAACUUACCUCCGGGAACUGUCGUGGGGAAUUCUUUUGUUCUUUUUUACUUAUCCAUGGAACUUUCACCGAGGAAAUUUCACUCUGGGGAAGUCCAUUUCACACAAAAAGUUUUCUUCCCUUUGGGCAACACCUGUUUGCGCAUGGGUAAAACGGCUAGUGUAACGGUAGCCACUGAUAAAGCUAAAAAGCAAAACCCUUUGUAACGCAAAAUGUUUUUAUUUUUAGGACAAAGGAAUGAGCUACUUCUUUGAACAUGGAAGAUUUCCCGCCGAGAGAUAUGAGUACCCUAGGAAAUUAAGAAAUCUUAUAACUUGUGUAGCGUGGAAUGUUGUUUUGAGCCUUCCGCUUUUGUGGUAUAUUAUCUCUGUUAUUAUCUCUGGCUCCAUAACUUCGUUUAUUAUUGCUGGAACAAUCGCCCUUAUAGGUGAGUUUUAUCCAAGCAAAUUUAAAACAAGAAUACUAGGGGGAAUCAUCAAGAGAGGAUAAAGGGGACAGAGAAGGCAUCCCCCAUACAGACCCUAUUCCUCGAGUUAUUUUUAGAAUUGGGAUAAAGUUACCUCGCGCGCUGCGUGGAUGUUUCGUGGAGGUUGCGCAUGACUAAACGCCGUGCAAAACAUGUCGGGCGAAAGGCAAUGAAGACGUGAAGAGAUCGAGAGCAUUUCUGAAUAUUGAAGCGAAAUGAGUCGGCGCUCACCUGGGAAAAGGGAAUCGCUGGACUCUUUGACAACUCGUGAAAUCAGUUUAACUCGAAGUUGUCGUAAUCUCGGUACUUUAAUAAAAUGAGAAAUUUCGCCGGUCUAUUGAAACCGGUCGUUUGUAUAAUAAAGCAAGUAGGACGCCAAGUGCUCUCUUCAAACAGUAAAUUAUAAAUGAUCCUGAGAGAAUAUUCAGUGUGUUAAGCAUUUCAUGCUGUACUGUUACCUCUAUACAAGAGAAGAAGGGCGAUUCUUUUGUAAUUUCCGUUUCGCUGACACAGCUUUAGCAGAAAUCUCUCUUUAGUCGUUUUCGUUGACGAAACAAAUAGCAAUAUCGCUCUACGCGUAUUCCGCCAUUUUUUUCGACGUCAAUUCGUGAAGGACGCGUGGCUCUGAGCGUGGGUCAUCCACGCGGAACACGUUCGCGCUAUAUGAUUGGCUGUUGUCUAAUCCCCCUUGGGAUCUAUGGUCUUAAAAAUAACUCGAGACGAAUUACCUAUGGAAUAGGGUGUGUAUGGGGGAUGCCUUCUCUGUCUCCUUUAUUCUCUCUUGGAGUAAUGCAAGACACAACGCCUUUUAUUAAAAGCAUGUUUCUGAACGACAAUAUUUGCUCGUAGAUUUAUUUUGUUUAAAUUUCUUUGGCACACCUCGGUUCCGCUGAUCACGAAAUUGACAGGCUCAAAUGUGACGUUAUGAGACAAAUUCAGAAGCUGAAAAGGGGGAUUUUCUGCUUGCUUAUCCCUGUUUUGAGGCAACCUGUGUAGUUACAUCUACCCGCAGCGCAUCCUACUGGCAUGUUAUACCUUUUGACAACUGUUUCAGGUUGUGAAUUGGAAGAAGUAUUUCUAGAACUCCAUACUUCUUCAAGCUGCUUGUAUCCAUGCUUGCAUCUAAAGUCACGUGUGCGUAAAUUUACUUCAUAAUUCCUUAAUUUAUGUCGCCGUUUCUUUGUUUUCGUGAGGCUUCCGAGAGAAGACUAAGCCGAAUGGAUUGCCUUAAUGGCGACAAAUUUGAUUGUUUCCAAGAAUUCAAAAAAAAUGGCGUGUUUCAGUCACAAAUUUUUUUCGCCGAGGUUCUCGUAAAUGUCUACUUUCAAUUAACAGAGAUAACAAUUUUUUAGGUUUUAUUUUUGUAACCAAGAUUUUGAAAUAAAUAACUUAAGUUGUUGUAGGUUAUGGGCACUUAAACCUUACCCCCAGCUUACCCCCUUUAAGACGGUUUUGUGUACACACAGGUUCCCGUUUCUUGAAAGUCCCGGAAACUUUCGGACCUGUAGACGCGUUUUAAAAAAAAACAUUAGUCUUGUUUUGCCGGAUUUCUUUCGUUAGCUUAAAAUUUCAGAGCUUUCAUUCCCAAAAUCAGCAUGCCCAAUUUGAAUAUUUGACGCAAACAUUUACGCUGAGCGAGACAGAAAAGAGCUUCAAGCAACAGCCACCCGGCACUAUAAGUGGAGAUUACGAUAUCUUUUUGUGUUUGGUCACUUAUCCUUGACUUCUUUAUUUUAUUUCAUUUCUAGGUUACAUUAUGAUCAAAGUGCUGCUACAUUUUAGCGACUCCAAGAAAGGCAGUAGUUUUGGACUAAAACCGUCUAGUAACAAUGGGGUCAAGAAGCAAAGCUAAACAGCAAAAUAGAGAGCUUUAGAUUCUGAGACAAAAACUACCACGAGUACGAGAUUUUCUUAAUACUGAGUAUUGCUCACGCGUGAACCAGCGUCAUUUUGGCGGGAAAACGUGAUAGUCGUCGUUAUUCUACUAUGAGUUUUAGCGAGAAUGUCGUACUGGCGGGAACAAGUAAAUAGUUGUCAAAUGUAAGACGUUUUAUCAUUUUGCUAUCGGGAAAGGGCUGAACCUCGUUCAGUAUGAAUAACCAUACUAACUUUCUUGGUGAAAAAAAAGGAGAAUGAAGCUUUCCGGGGUGUCCCUUUUUUUAGAACGGGCACAAAAACUUUGAGUCAAAUCUCGCACUGUUACUCGUUCUCGUCCUCAAAUCUAAAGCUCUCUAAUAACCCAGGCUACGUUCACAUGUUCUCAGCUUAGUUGCCACGCAUCCAUGCAACCACGCCUUGUCAGUGAAAAAAAUUAGUUGGUCAUGUUGACAUUGCGCGUUCAAAUUUUUCAACGGCUAGGCGUCUAAAUUUUCGCGCGGUUAGGGUGAUUCUAUGUGAACUAAACACCUAAACGCACGAAUCUUCCACCGGUCGAAAAUUCGUCUGGUUAACGUAGCCUUAUUAAAAACGCAACAAUGUAGUGAAUUUUGGAAUGUUUGUCCUGGAAACAAAACGGCUUUAUUUUUUUACUUGUUUUGAGAAAUCCACUUUAGCAACGAAAUCCAAUUUUUAAAUUGAAGGUUAUAACAUGAACAAUGCACGUGAAUUUGCGAAUUGUUAUGGAACUUUUUAAGGUGAUUUAUUUGUGGAAGAGCCUAGUUUACACAUAGUUAUGGGAAGAAGUUUAAAUGUUAAACUCUUUAGGUGGAAUUAUUUCAAUUUGAGUGUAUAGGAUUUGAUUUACAUAGGGCAUUGCCUUCUACACACAUUUAUUGAACUAAAAAACGCCACGUGCUGCUAAUUUUUGUCGAUUUACGGACUGUCCUUCUAGAACGCCACAAGCACUUUGUGUUUGCCCAGGAGAGGAAGAGAAAUUUUAUCGAACAAAUUGCAUCGAUCGUCAUGAAUAUAUUUAUUUUUUUCACGAGAAAAUCUCAGAUCUUUAUAUUGUAGAAAAUCGUGUUUGUGUUAAUUUAUGGUCUUCUGAAUUAGCCAAACUCAAACACUCACCAAAAAGAAUCUUGGUUUAAAACACUUUUAGUAAUUUGGUGGCUAAUGUAUCUUAGUAUUUGAUAAAAUAGAUUUUUUUAAAGAGAUUUCAAUUCAUAUACUAAAUAUAUAUGAAUUAACUUGAAUAGAGUGUUCUCACAUGACGUCACGGCGGCCAUAUUGGUGUCCCAAAACAAUGCAACAGUGGCCAUGUUGGUGUUCCAAACCAAUCCUGUGGGAGUUGAACUCUUUUCUUAUGCAAACGCUUUCUUUUAUUCCAAUAAAUUUGCAUAGAUGCUGGUCACGUGAGUGAAAACACUCUAUAAGUAAGUAAAAAAAGUCAAAAUACGAAAGUAAGAGAGAUCAGAGAGAUGUCUGUGCUGGUUGAGUCAAGGAUUCUUGUCCAAUCAUUAGGGAGCUCUAGCAUCUAUGACGGCGAUGGCAGCGAAAAACGGCACAAAAAAUGAAUUCGCGCUGCUUCAAACUUCUUCGCUCUUAUUGCAUCUCGUUCAAUAUGUCAAAUGUAGGCGAAUUUUUCUGGAGUUGGAUUCUAAAGGUCUGUGUCUUAGUUCGCAGAAAAAAGAAAAAUUAAAUAAAUCGCGUGAAAUUAGGAAGUUUCACGUCGCAGUUCUGCAACGAAAAAGCGUGAUGCUCGUGAAAAGUUGUUUUUUCGUAGAUUAAACCUGUUGCUGUUUUUGCCGUUCUCUUUGCUUUUGCCGUGGUCGUUGCUGAAGCUCUCUAACGUUAAUAAAGGAUUUUGAUAAUCACUAAAUCGAGGAUACUUAGUCUCUGUCCACACGUAUCACGUUAUUUUUGAAAACGGAGAUUUUUCCCGCGUUUUAAAAACGUACGCAGCGCAUCUACUCGUAGCAUAUUCAAAUCGUCUCUGCUCAUCGUACGCCGAUCUACGCGUAGCGUAUUCAAAUCGUCUCUUCUCAUCCACACGAAAACGCUAAAACGAUGCAAAUACGAUAGCUUCCCUUACAGCACCCUUACAGAUUGUGAGCUGUAUGAUGGAUGACAUCAUUGUGUUCGAAAACCUCCAUUUUCGUCUUUACA